GAUAUCGCAGACAAGUUCAUUUUAAUUAUCUUAGCGCACGCGCAGGGGUCUUUGCUGUGGGAGGAAACCGGAGUACCCGGAGUAAACCCACGAGGUUGAGAAGGCGCCCCUAUCUCCAAGCCACAUACGCUCACACCUGGGAUCGAAACCACAGCCGCAAGCCAGAGGUGACCGGCCAACUAGAGGUCGAAGCGUGACACUCUAGACCACUAGGCCAUCCCAAACCCCUAAGUUUGGGAUGACAGGUUAUGUCACGUUGUAUGACGUCAAUAGAAAGGGGAAUACCCCGAUAUAACAUGGAAAACAAAUAUUUAGUCUACAUGAACGUCUUCUAGCACAAGUAAAACUCUUUAUUUAGUAGUUUUAAUAAUACAGUUUAAGAGUAAGUUGGAUACUAUCUGGGUGUAAUAUGGUUUAUUGGAUACAAUUUGAGUGUAAUGUGGUAUAUAUUGGAUACAAUUUGAGUGUAAUGUGGUAUAUAUUGGAUACAAUCUGAGUGUAUUAUGGUAUAUAUUGGAUACAAUUUAAGAGUCUAUGGUACAACCACCUUUUGACGCGAAUAUUUGUUUGUAGAAGUUUUGAGGUGGUCUUCAAUCCAGGUUCCUGUUAUCUACAUACGCCUCCAGAAUGUCAGCUUGCCCGGGCAACCCUUUUCUUUAAUUUCUCGGAAUUAAAGGACGCUUCAAGUUAUAAUACCACGGUUACUUCAUUAGAUUCGUAAUCCGACAAAGAGGCGUCAUAUAUUCCUCUAAACAGGUGCUUGGUACAGCAGUAGAGAGUGAAGAUCUGUGAAACGAAACAAUAUAAGCAGUAUGGAAAAUAGUGGAAGUAAAGUACUGUUGACUUUAUGUGAGGAUGGCGAUUCGGAUAUAAUCGCUUUAGGUAAAGCACUGUUGAAAUCAUGUAAGGAUGGUGAUUAUGAUAGCAUUGAUUCCUUGCUGAAACGUGGAGCCAACGUUGAAUAUACCGAUUCAUAUGGUAAUACUCCACUGCUUAUAGCUGUCGGGAAUCAUCAUACAAAUUGUGUAGAUGUGUUACGGAAUAAUGAUUAUUCCCCUGUCAAUAAAGAACACAGGGACAAGGGGACUGGCCCCACACCUUUCAUGAGGGUAAAAAUUGUCCGAUUGCUGAUAAACAGUGGGUGCCAAUUAAAUAAGACGAACCGAUGUAAAAAUUCUGCACUACACCUGGCUGUCACAUUUGAACAUUUAGAAGUUGUUAAAUUGCUUGUGGAUAGUGGUAUAGAUGUUAGCCUCACUGACCAGAAAGAUGAAACAGCACUACACAUUGCUAUAACUCUUCGCCACGUAGCUAUUACAUGUGUUUUACUUUCAAGACAAGGACGUCUUGAUUCUCAUUCUGUUUCGUUAGUAGACAGGACUUAUGGUUAUGGGGACUCUAUUAUGGUUGACACGUUUUUACAGAAAUGUAUGGAAUAUUCUGUGAGUAAUAGUGAGAUAAAAUCGGUCCAAAAUUUAAUACAACACGGCAUGCCUGUCGAAGCCUGGUUAUUAGCACACGCUUACCGUAAUGGAGAUCUUGUAAUGGUGGACACAUUAAUACAAGCUGCUCUGCACCAAAACCACGAUCAGACCAGAUUUCCAACUUUCAUAUAUUUUUGUCUGAUACAUAAAGAUAUUGAGCGUGUUAAAAAAUACAGUAAAUAUGCCAGUCCCUUUGGUGCUUUGGGGGAUGGUCGGUCGUUAUUAGAUGUCGCAUAUCGUGCAGCAAACUGUGACAUGGCGGGGAUCUUACUCCAAAAUGGCCAUGAACUGACUUUUUGCAAUUGUUUAAGCGCAUUAAAUUGGCAUGUUUACCGAUGCGAUCAGACUAAAUACAAUAUCAUAAAAAUUAAACAUGUAAUAAAGUAUGGUAUAGCGCAUUUGUAUCGUCGGCGAACACAGUUCAUAUCCCCACAGCUACAUCUGGAAAACUAUCAUGAACUAGAUAAUGACAUAUUAUUUCAGUAUAUCAACAUACUCUACUUGAUGUACAUGUCUAACUUGUUAAAUAACCAUGAGUUACACGGUAGACUCUCACAGCUGCCUGUAGACUUUAAUAACCAGGUGGAUGUAAACAGUUUAACAAAUAUAGCUUCCGAUCUGGUGCCAUAUCCUAGUCUCUCACGUGAUGUGAAUGUCGUCAACGGACAGUUAGAAGAACUGGCUUUCGGUUGUCUAAGAUCAUUACAAAGACUUGCUUCAAUUCCUAUGCCACUUGUUUGUAUAACCCGUAAUGUGAUUUGUGGAUCGCUAGGUCCGCCCAAUAUGUGGGUUAAUGUAGGGUUAUUGCCCCUACCUGAUAAACUUAAAUCGUUUCUAAGAUAUGAUGAUAUCCUUGGAGACACGGACUAUAAUAUCGCGAGACCGACAUGCGCCAUGGACAAUCCGGGUAGGUAGGAUUUUUAUACUACAACACUUAUAAAUGGACUACCCCGGUUGUACGUGACAAGGAGUAGGGUCACCUGUCCAACCUCGUGGGUUUCAGCGUUUGACAUGACUUGUGGAAUAUGACACUAGCCUCAUUCUCCGAGUCCCUUGUUAUAAAUUGCACAGAAACGCAUUAUGGUCCACGAUUCGUGUACCAAUGGUAAAUGUUUAUUUUAUCUUAAAUAGUGUGUAUCAGACGUCCACCUUUUCCCAGUAAGAUCACAACACCAAUGUUGAUUUAAAUUGAUAAAUAAUUCGUGUUUUCAAUGUGGAAAACUUUGGAGGAUAUUGAGUUAGAGACUUAGCUACUUUAAUAAAGAUUUACCCAGUAAAAUAUAAUAGAUAAAUGCUACUGAUUUCGACAAUUAUAUUUAUAAAUAGAUAUUUAAUGUCUUUGUUAUUUAACAUGUUCAUUUUGUUAUCACAUUUUUGUUUGAUUUUGACAAAUAAUUAAACUUCUGUAUUGA